AUGAGUGUCACCAACUGCGCUAUUGCAUUUCUUCUCUCCAUGACGACCUAUCGAGAGACUCAGAGACGCUUAGUGUUUAUCGAAGAGAGCCUUGAAAAUAACUACAGUAUUUUUAAUGUCGCGGGAAUUAAGGGAUUCCCGAACCCAGACACGCCUUUAAAAAUACAUAAAGCAGCGAGCAAAAUGAUAGCCUCUGGCACUUCGCUUUCGGCCUAUUGUUCGAACCAACUAGUAGCCAAACAAAUUAUAAGAGAAGUAACUUCAGAAUUGAAAGAUAUCACACAUGAGUCGCACGUGGGAAUGAUCGAAAGAGGACCUCUGUACGAAAAAUGCUGGAAAUAUAUAGAGUCCAAGACAAAAGAAAAUGAAAUAAACCCACAGACUGCUCACGAAUUUGUUAGGAAAUCGGAAACUGACAUCAACCAAAUAUGCACAGAUAGCCAUAUAAACAGCCUCGUUGUUGAGAGAGCCUUGGUAUUGAUUGGAAAUCACAGAUGUCUCGGCCCCGAGGACUUGGAAUUACGAAUUAAAUUCACAGCUGACAACCAUUUUAACAUGGCCGAAGCUCUUUUUGGUGGCCAAUUCUUCAUGGGUAAGGCAGAAAUUGGAGUUGAAAAAAUGGCACUAGGUUGGUUUCAGGGCCAUCUUCACCUUUUCAAGCUUGAGUUCCGUCGAGAUGGUAUAUGGCAUCCAGUAACGGAUAUCAAGCAUUUAAAAAACAACGGAAGAGCCAUAGCUUCUUUUAUGUGGAAAAAUAGUGAAGGGUUACGAGCUUUUAAACGCUACAUCGUAGGACUGCGAAAAUCCAGCAACCAUGUCUCAAGAAAUCUUGAUACCGGCAGUCAUUCCCAACAAAAUAGGCUAGGAAAUCCGGAUCCAAAAGCAUUGAAGCAAAACAUGAUUGAAGGCUUAUCCAUGGAACCUGCAAACGGAAAACUAGGAUGUCUAGAAUCAAAACAUACUAAGAUUCCAGAAAAGAAAAAGAACCGAAUUUUACAAAAAUUACGUAUUUCUCAUAAUUAG